AUCUUAGCAGACAUUCCAUCGGACCAAUCUGCACUAAAGGUGAAGAGCCCCUGGGUUAGAGGUUGGUUUAGGGCUGGGAAAGUCUAGCUUUAAAUUCCAAGAUAGGCACCUGUGAAUUAACAGUUCUGUGAGUACAGGCUAGUUCCUGUCUCUCAGCCCGAACCUGCUACCUCUCAGGCUUGUUGUGAGGAUCACUGGUUGACAGGCAAACCAUGCCCAUGGUGGAUGGAAUAUAAAGAGGAGUGAAAAACUCUCCACUGUUUCCAGAUUGCAUGGUUUGACCUCGUUUUAGCUUGCUGUGUGUGCCACACACUGUUUCUCGGGCAGGGUUCAAGGAGACUUGGUCCCUUUGUCUUGCUUCCUAACACAUCAGUUUUUUUGUUUUUUCAGUCAAGUGAUCAUUCCCUACUUCUUCACACAGACACACCUCUUGUUUUUUUCUUGGGCUCUCCAGACUUUUAAUCGGAAUAUAGAUGAGUGGAAAUGGUCUGAGCAGAUUUUCAUUCAGCCGGCACCAAGAAUUAAAUGCUAGGCUGAGUUCCUGCCCCGGGUCUCCGUCAUCAGGGAGCUGAUUGGGGAGGGCUCUGGCCUCUCCCCCUCCGUGGACUUUGGCUAAGAGCUGGACUUUUUUCCUGCUCUGUUGUGCAGCAGCAGCAGCCGAGAAGCAGGGUAUAGUGUCCCAAGCACAAGCGUGAGUAGCUGCUUCUUUUUCCAGGGUCUGGCUGAAGCUGUUGAGAAGGCCUCCAGCAAGACGUUAGGAUGUGGUGCUCCGUGCUGCUCGUCAGCCUCCUCUGGAUCGUGAUCUGGUUCAUUCGUGACCGUCAGACUUUAAGUUCCUUCAAGGAUAAGUAUGUUUUCAUCACAGGCUGCGAUUCAGGUUUUGGGAACCUGUUAGCCAAGCGGCUGGACAAGAAGGGCUUCCGGGUGUUAGCCGGCUGCCUGACUCAGAAAGGGGCCGACAACCUCCAGCGGGCCAGUACGCCCAGCCUGCGCACCGUCCUGAUCGACGUCACCAAUUCCGAGAGCAUCCGCAAAGCCGUGGAGUGGGUGAAGGGCGAAGUGGGCGAUAAAGGGCUUUUUGGUCUGGUGAACAACGCUGGUGUGGCCAAUCCAAUUGGCCCAACAGAGUGGAUGAAUGUGGAUGAUUACCGCAAGGUCAUGGCUGUCAACACUUUUGGGGUGAUUGAAGUAUCUUUGGCCUUCCUGCCUCUGCUGAAACGAGCACGUGGCCGUGUGGUCAACACCUCCAGCGUCUUGGGUCGCCUCUCAGCCAAUGGUGGUGGCUAUUGCAUUUCCAAAUACACCAUCGAGGCCUUCUCUGACAACCUCAGGAGGGACUUGUACCAUUUUGGAAUCAAGGUCUCCAUUGUGGAGCCAGGCUUCUUCAAGACGGCCGUGACCAAUCUUGACUCCAUAGAGGCUUCCUUGCGGCAGCUCUGGGACCGCAUGGAUCCGGAGGCCCGACAGAGCUAUGGAGAAGACUUCUUUUCAAACUAUCUGAAAGUUCAGAAGUUCAUAAUGAAUAUCAUCUGUGAUCCAGACCUUAGCAAAGUGACGAACUGUAUGGAGCAUGCGCUGGAGGCCAAGCAUCCUCGCACCCGUUAUAGUGCUGGUUGGGAUGCCAAGUUUGUAUGGCUGCCAGCCUCUUAUCUACCUGCCUUCAUAGUGGACAUUGCUCUGGCUAUCAUUCUACCAAAGCCAGCCCAUCGGGUGCGCUAGACUCCAAAGGCCCUCCUUUUACCCAGGACCAAAGUCUGUGGGUCCAACUCUCAAAUCGGCCACAUUUCCCAAGAAAAUAUGGAGAAAUAAAGAUGAUGAUGUAAUCAGCAAGAGAAAGCUGUUGCCGUCCGCUCCUCUUCCACAGGUUUAUAGGGAACAACCAAAACUACCCAUUUUAUAAGAAGCCACAGUAUUAUAGAUCAGGACUGGGGAGUGGGGGAGGAAGGUGGGUCAUAGUGGGAUGUGCAGCAACAAAGGUUUUAACUCCUAAAUGGGUUAACAACGGCAGCAAGAAAAUGAUGUGCCCAAAUUAAACUGUUGGAAUGAAGAUUAAAGUAACCAGUAGUCUAUCUUUGUGUGACUUAAUUGUGAACGACACUCAUCCCCCCACCACCCCCGUCCUUUUGUCCUUCUAAGGAGCCUGCAUGGAGGAUAUAUAUCCGGGAUUUCCUAACAAUUCUCCUGAGAAUGAAGAAGGUACUUGGAUGAGUAGCCAAAUGUUUCAAGAAGUCCAGUUGCCAUGAGUCAACUUCUAGAAAACUACACUCAGUUUUCAUUCUCAAAACAAAUUCCUGGGCUCAGACUUGUGUAACUCAGAGUGUAUUUUUGCACCAAGCCCUGGUCAGUUGUUGCUGAAGUUUUAGUUUGUUUUGUUUUCUUUCAGCAAAUCCCUGAAGGUGUUCCCACAUCAAUCCAAGAAAUACAAGGAAUUGUGUUUCUAGUGAGCCUAGUAGAAGCAAACAAUAAGUAGGAUCAGAGGGGGCAAUAAAAAAGAAUUUGAGAAUGAUGCUAGAAAAUCAUAGCUACAGCAUCCAUCUGAAACGCUACAAAAAGGAAAUCUGGACAUUACAUGGCAAAUUAAUAGUAGGAGGCUAUACCAAGCCCGGCCAAAAUGGAAGCCAUGGGCUACAGGUUUUCCCCAGAGAAUUUCUCUACCCAUCUCAUGGGCCUUU